AGAAGUCGAUAAUUGUCUUGCGACAGACGACGAUCAUGGCAACACUAAGCCGGAAGCAAAGUGCCAUCGAACAAUUUACUUCCGCUUCAACGUUCCUGCUAUAUUUAGACCACUAUCUUAUUGUCAUGAGUCACGACCAAGACGAGUCCGGGGAAGUUGCUCUUUGCUCCACGUCUAUGUAUCACCAUAGCAAAGACCGUGACAAUAGCUGCAGCUCAAAACUGACUUUGGCCAACUGCAUCUGGUUGCCGGAGUCCAGUGCAGGAAGCAUGGGUUUCUUGAACGAUGUGACUAAGGCCUUUUGUCUGCCUCGAUCUGUUCCCAGCACCAACUUCUCUGAAUAAAUAUGAGGCAGAGGGUAAUCUGAUCAUUGUCUUGCUUUACGACUCCACAGCUGACUGGAUCAGCUGCUUAUUUUGACAGUACGACUCGUCAAGACGGUAUGACAAGCACCCGCACCAACCGCCCACCCCUCGCACCAUUGGACCCUUUAACACUGAGACCACAAGUCUCAUUGAAGCAUCACUACUCGCCGCCAACCGUACCAUCAUACUCAGUCCCCGAAUGCCUCUCCAGUCCCGACUCACCUAACUCACCUGACUCACCUCUAGCUAUCUAUUCUCGCCGCGUCCCCGCACUCAUGCACCGCACGCCCCUCGCACACCACCGCGCGCUACCGCUCCAACGACCAACACAAUGCCGGAGUGCUGAACAGGACGACAUCGACGAGAUUAUGCGCUUCCUGAAGCAUGUCUCGCGGUGCAUGACUCAUGUGUAUCAGGUGAUCCUGUCGGUUGCAACAUCGAUCUUUCAUGCAACGAUUGCCACCGUCCAAUGGUUUGCUGUCGUCGCUUUUGUGAUUGAGGUGACGAUGAUGAGUUCUUCUUCCGUGCGAGGUGAUCAUGGGGGUGGCUUCAUAGGCCCGAUAGUCGAGCAGCUCACAACAGCGACUGCGACUAGUCACGCGGAGACUACUCCCGCACCACAUCCCCGCCCUAGCGAGGCGGUGGCUCUGAACUUCCUAUCUGAGCAAAUAGACCAGGCACAUAAUGUAUUAACGUUGGUCGAGGGACUAGGUGACGACGCAUUUUUUGCAUAUCAUCAUGCCAAUGUGCAACGUUUUCUGAGCAGGUCCAGAGACGACCCUCCAUCUGGGGGGAGUAAAACAGAAGUCGAUCUAACUGUCGACUUCAGGGGUCUUGACUCCACUCUCAUUCAAACCCUGUCCCCGCACGGUUUCAUUGGGAGAACGAUCUCCCAUGCCCUAGAUGAGGUGACAUAUCACUCUAAGCGCAGUCAAACGGCCUUUCUUAUAAGAAGAAGUGCUGUCCGGGAAUCACGUCUAGAUAGCGCGUACCUAUUGGCGUCUUCUAAUCUGCUUCUUGAAUACUCGUCCAUUUUGUCAAAAAUGGAGAGCAUCAUACUCGACGUGGGAGCUCUCCAUCACCAGCUAUCACCCAAUCUUCCAGAAGUUCUGGCAAGCAUGCAAAGCCGCCAAGCAGCUGCUUCAAGACGCUCGAUAUGGGGCAUUUUUGCCAGUCGAAGACUAAAUUCCAGAGCUCUUGAAGAAGAAAGCCUAGAAGCCUUCGUUGCGGGCUUGGAGACUGUCCUUGUCAACCUGCGACAGCUCAAAGCUUAUCUGGAAUGGAUCACAAACCAACUGAGCCAACGAACUCUCUUAUCAAGCGCCUCGAUAGCGUUAUCAUUCAGUAACCAUUCCUGUUCAUCUGCGCUUAUAGAUCUGUUAGAUCGCGCAAGCAGAGCUUCAAAGAAAUCGAGUCGCUGUUGCCGUUGCCCAGACUCUGGAAAGGACGACUCGCCAACGGCUCCGACAAAGGUGGAAUUUAAUAUCCCUGGCAGUCGCACACUGCCAACAGUGAGCUGAUUCAUUAGGCAGCGUUAAGACGUUUAACUUUACAUUAUAAGUAUGCUAAUUAUGCGACAGUAUGAUAUUAUUCGAUUAUUGAAGGUGGUUUGGCUAUUGUAUG